AUGGCAGCCUUCUCCCGGCCGCUCCAUUUCCUGCGCUCAGACGACUUUGACGACAAGUGUGUCUCUGAAGACUGUCGCUCUGUCAUCCAGGAACAGGCCACGGCCCUGGGGCUCUCCAUGUUCUCCCUGCUGGUGAAGAGGUGCUCCAGCUUGCUGAGGGAAUGUGCACAAGCUCAGGCACAGGACAUGGAGCAGGAGGAUGAGGAAGAUGAUAUCAAGGUCUCUGCAUUGCCUCAGGACCUGAAGGAACUGCUCCCCAGUGUGAAGGUCUGGUCAGACUGGAUGCUUGGCCACCCGGACACCUGGAAUCCGCCUCCUACCUCUCUCGAGCUUCCCAAACAGGUCUCGGAGGACGUGUGGGCGACGCUGGCCGACUUCUGCAACGUCCUGACCACGGUGAAUCAGUCGGAGGUGCCCUUGUACAAGGACCCCGACGAGGACCUGGCCCUGCUCAGCCUCGAAGAGGAUCGGCUGCUCUCGGGCUUCGUCCCGCUGCUGGUCGCCCCUCAGGAGCCCUGCUACGUGGAGAGGACCUCGGACAAGGUUAUUGCAGCCGACUGCAAGAGGGUCACAGUUCUGAAGUAUUUCCUGGAAGCCCUUUGUGGACAAGAAGAGCCUUUGCUGGCAUUCAAGGGUGGAAAAUAUGUGUCAGUGGCACCCGUCCCAGACGCCAUGGGAAAGGAAAUGGGAAGCCAAGAGGGAAAACAACUGGAAGAUCAGAAGGAAGAUGAUGUCCUGAUUGAGGCAUUUGAAGAUGAUUCUGAGGCUGAAGGCAGCGGUGGAGAGUUUGACAUCAAGGAACUCAGAGCCAAGAAGCAAGCACUGGCCAGGAAAGUAGCUGAGCAGCAGCGUCGCCAAGACAAGAUUCAGGCCGUGCUGAAGGACCAGAGUCAAGUGAGACAGAUGGAGCUGGAGAUCAGACCUGUCUUCCUGGUGCCGGACACCAACGGCUUCAUCGACCACCUCAGCAGCCUGGCAACGCUCCUGGAGUGCAGGAAGUUCAUCCUGGUGGUGCCCCUGAUCGUGAUAAACGAGCUGGACGGCCUGGCCAAGGGCCCGGAGAUGGAGCACCGGGCUGCAGGCUAUGCCCGCCAAGUGCAGGAGAGAGCCAGGAAGUCCAUCGAGUUCCUGGAGGAGCGAUUCGAGAGCCGUGACAACUGCCUGAGGGCUCUGACCAGCCGAGGCAACGAGCUGGAGUCCAUCUCCUUCCGCAGCGAAGACACCACGGGCCAGCAGGGAAACAACGACGACCUGAUUCUAUCCUGCUGUCUCCACUAUUGCAAUGACAAGGCCAAGGACUUCAUGCCCGCUAACAAAGAUGACCCGAUCCGCUUGCUCAGGGAAGUGGUUUUGCUCACGGACGACCGCAACCUGCGAGUGAAAGCGCUGACCCGCAACGUGCCCGUGCGGGACAUCCCCACGUUCCUCAAGUGGGCCCAGGAGGGCUGAGGGGGGCCGAGCGGGGAGGAGAGCCCCCUCAGUGAGUAACGCAGGCGGCUGCGGCGGGAGACCCCGCUCCGGAGGCAGCCCUGGCCACGCGGCGCCGCCGCCGCCCGGCCCACAAUGAACAAUAAAACGCCACGUCUUCAACCCACCCCGGAAUGGCCGUGCUGCGGAGGCCCCCCCGGGGGCCGGCACGCUGGGAAGGUCGCUGCUGUGGAUGGUUCAUGCGGAGGCCGGGACGCGGAGGGUCCCGCCAGCCUCCGGGCGGUGCUGGAGCAGAGCUGGAGAGCCCUGCGGCCGAGGGGAGCG